UGCUUUGCAAAGAAUGCUUUUGGCCGCGGCGCGAAGAAGAAGAAUUAGCUCCAACGUUUGCAACCGCUCAAACUACCAUUCCCUUGAAGAUCCGGACCCCUCCUCCUCAUGGACUCGCUCGAUCCGGUCCUCCGCCGAUCUCCGCCGCCACCGCAACGCUCUCUCCCUCUACGCCCAGAUGCUCCGAUUCGGUCAUCUCCCAGACCCCUUCACCAUCUCUGCCGUUCUCAAGGCUUGCGCUCACGCUCCUUCCAUGCCGGCCGCCGUCGCCAUCCACGCCCAAAUACACAAGCUCGGACACCUCGCCAAUGUCUAUACCCAGACCUCGCUGGUAUACCUCUACUCCAAGCUCGAUGGGGUCACAACCGCUCAGAAGGUUUUCGAUCAAAUGCCCGUGCGAAACGUCGUCACCUGGAACUCGAUACUACAUGCUCACUUAAAAGCUUUAGACAUAAAGAAUGCACGCAGGGUGUUCGAUGAAAUUCCGGUGAAAGACGUGGUAUCCUGGAAUUCAAUGGUUUCUGGUUACGCAAAAGCCGGUGAAAUGGAUCUUGCCGCUGAGCUUUUUUGGGCUAUGCCGGAAAGGAACCCGGCUUCAUGGAACGGAAUGAUUAGUGCUUACAUUGACCGCAGAGAUAUGGAGCAGGCAAGAAAGCUGUUCGACGAAAUGCCUGUAAGGAGCAACGUAUCUUGGAUUGCUAUGAUUUCCGGUUAUUCGAGGUGUGGAGAUGUUGCUUCUUCAGAAAACCUCUUUAAAACGAUGAAUACAAAGGACAUAUUUUCAUGGAAUGCAAUGAUUUCAUGCUAUGCGCAGAAUGGCUUCUCAAAAGAUGCAAUUCAGCUGUUCAACAGAAUGAGAAAACCUGAUACUAACGUUACUCCUGAUGAAAUGACCUUUUCAAGUGUCAUCUCUGCUUGCUCCCAACUGGGAGAAUUGAGAUUUGGGAUGUGGAUUGAGACUCACAUCAGCUCUAUUGGAAUUGAGAUGGAUGAUCAUCUACGCACCGCUUUUAUAGAUUUAUAUUCCAAAUGUGGAGGCAUGGACCAGGCCUUGAAACACUACCACCAUCUCAGGAAGAAGGAUUUAGUAUCAUACAGCGCUAUGAUAUUAGGAUUUGGCAUAAACGGAAGGUGUGAUGAAGCUAUCAGUUUGUUCAAUGAGAUGGUGAAAUCAAGGAUUGUGCCAAAUUCAGCAACUUUUAUUGGACUUCUCACAGCUUAUAAUCAUGCUGGCUUGGUGGAUGAAGGCCAAAUAUGCUUUGAUUCCAUGUGGAGGAAAUAUUUUGUUUUGCCAUCAACUGAUCAUUAUGCUAUUAUGGUGGAUCUGCUUGGGAGGAAAGGAAGGUUAGAAGAAGCUUACCGAUUGAUUCAGGGGAUGCCUAUGGAACCUCAUUCUGGUGUUUGGGGUGCGUUGCUUCUUGCCUGUAAGUUGCAUGGUAAUGUAGAACUUGGCGAGAUUGCUGCAAGAAAUUGCUUUGUGUUGGCUCCUGAUUCCAGUGGUUAUUAUGUUAUCUUGGCAAAUAUUUAUGCUGAAGCUGGAGAGUGGGAGAAAGCUAAGAGGCUAAGGAAAGUGAUGGUGGAGAAGGGAUUAGCUAAGGUGCCAGGGUGCAGUUGGGUGGAGCCUAAGCGAUCGUGUGGCAUACUUUGAGGGAAGAUGUCCUCUUUGAAAGAGCAUCAUUGAUUGAGCUUUAUGAGCAUUGGGUGCGUAAUGAACUUAACUCACCAUCGAUUUCCAUAUUAUUUCUUACGUUUUACAAGUUUCACAAUGAGAUGAUUGUAGAUAGGUUUGUUAUAGUAUCUUGGGUUU